GAGGUAACCCAGGAUCGUGGAUAGAUCUUUGAUAAAAUGGAGAAGAUCUGCGUCGCAGUCCGAGUUCGGCCUCGGAUUUCAGAGGAUUCCUUCUGUGGUAAUUUCUGGAAGGCUGAAGAGAAUCGCAUUUCUCUUCACAAGGUUCAUGGCACUCCUUUGUCUGCCUAUUCUUAUGCUUUUGACCACAUAUUUGAUGAAAGCAGCACAAAUGCUAGUGUCUACGACCUCCUUACUAAGGAUAUUAUAAAUGCUGCUGUGGAAGGUUUCAAUGGAACUGCGUUUGCUUAUGGGCAGACCAGUAGUGGCAAGACUUACACUAUGAAUGGCUCAGAAACAGAUCCGGGGCUAAUUCCUCGUGCAGUUGAAGAUAUAUUUCGCAAAUUCAGAUG